ACUCCUCUGCUUGUGUGCACAGCUCUGGCAGCAGCUGCUCACAAAUGUGAGCUCCAGGAUCACAAAUGCUUUCUGUGCAGGGAAUGCCUUGAGUUCCUGACCCCAAAAACUCUUCCAAAGCCCUGGAGAAGGCAUGGACGGGGCUGAGCAGCUCCCUGCGGGCAGGAGAAGCUCCCCGAGCCUGGAGCACAAGAGGAGCAGGGGCUGCAGGACCUCGCUGGGGAUCCUGUGUCUGUUCCCCAUCCUGGCUGUGCUGGCAGCUGUGGAAUUUCCAGCUGGAGCUGCAGUGCAGGAAAUUCAGGAAGAUGUGCCAGGCCCAGCUGUGCCCAGCCCAGCCCCUGCCCAGCGCAGCCGGCGAUACACCCUGACCCCCGGGCACCUCAGGUGGGACCACUUCAACCUCACCUACAAGAUCCUGUCCUUCCCCCGGCACCUGCUGAGCGCCAGGGCCACGCGCCGGGGGCUGGCGGCCGCGUUCCGCAUGUGGAGCGAGGUGUCCCCGUUCAGCUUCAGGGAGGUGCCCCCCGAGCUCCCCAGCGACCUCAAAAUCGGUUUCUACUCCAUCAACCACACAGACUGCCUGGAGUCCCUGACCCACCACUGCUUCGACGGCACCACGGGGGAGCUGGCCCACGCCUUCUUCCCUCCCCACGGCGAAAUCCACUUCGACGACCACGAGUACUGGAUCCUGGGCAACACCAGGUUCAGCUGGAAGAAAGGAGUGUGGCUCACUGACCUGGUGCACGUGGCUGCCCACGAGAUCGGGCACGCCCUGGGCCUGAUGCACUCGCUGAACCCCAGCGCGCUCAUGCACAUCAACGCCACCCUGACGGGCAGGAAGAGCAUCUCCCAGGACGAGGUGUGGGGCAUCCACAGGCUCUACGGCUGCAAGGACAGGUUAUUCAUGUGCCCAGGGUGGGCCAAGAAAGGGUUCUGUGAGGAGCGCAGGAAGCUGAUGAAGAAACACUGCCCGGCCACCUGCGACUUCUGCUACGAAUUCCCAUUUCCAACGGUGCCCCCCACUCUGCCCCCACCAAGGACCAAAACCAAGACGGUUUCUGAGGGCAGGAACGUCACCUUCCGCUGCGGGCAGAAAAUCAUCCACAAAAAAGGCAAAGUCCACUGGUACAAAGACAAGGAACUUCUGGAAUAUUCCUACCCAGGGUAUUUAUCCCUCAAUGAAGAUCACAUGAGCAUCAUUGCAAAUGCAAUUAACGAAGGAACUUACACUUGCAUAGUGAAGAAAAAAGAAAGAAUCCUCACUACUUAUUCCUGGAGGAUCAGACUGAAGCACUGAGCCAGCCCUGGAUUCAGUUCCUGCUCCUGUUCCCAGCUGGUUUUUGGCAUUUUAGAUUUUAUCCCCAAUAGUGCACCUGAAUUCUUCAUCGGUGCUGUGGUACCUGGGACUGGUUAUGGAAUAUCAAACUCUUUGGAUUCCUUGGAAUGAUAAAGAAUUUAUCAACUAUUUGCUGUACAGAGAAUUAAAAACCUUUUUUUUUUUGUAUGAAAAGUGUCAGAUGGAGCUGUGUGAGCUGCUGCAAACCAGGAGCAGGCUCUGCCCAGCCCCUGGGACUGUGGGAUGGCAGGAAAAGGACAAGUUUAACACUCUGAGUGUUUUCCUGCCAUUUUUACAGAACAAAUUACACUGCUAAGCCUAAUUUACUUUUCUUUCCCUUGUCAGGAGGAUGAGAGUCACACAAACCCUGAUUUGCUCCUCAUUCCAACACGUUCAGCUCAAGCAUCCACAGAACAGCUCUUACCCCAAGUGGAUUCCUGUGGUUUGAGGGUUUUCCUCUUCCCCCAAGAGGCAUUUCUUGCUCAGAGCUUGAUCCUUGAGGGGUCUGAGCUGCUCAGUUUGGUAAUUAAGGGAUCUGAGCUGCUCAAAAUUUGGUAAUUAAGGGGUUUGGGCUGCUCAGAGUUUUGUAAUUAAGGGGUCUGACCUG